AUGAAUGCUAUGCUGGUUGUAAAUAAAGUCCCUGUUUUAACAUUAGGAGCUCACAGUUCUAGCAGCAACACAUGCACAGUAUAAUUCAUCCAGCGCAAUGAGCCUGCAAUUCUAAAGGUGUUUUUUUGAAGCUGUUUCACGAAGUUGUGACUGCUAACAUUUCCAACAUCCCAUUCUUUAUUGCUGCACAGGUUCUGCCAAAUGGUUAAUAUCCUUUAGUGUUGUUGUGUUUUGUCUUACUGUGCACUUUUUCACAAGUUGAACUCUCAGGGCCAUUGUUCAAAGUCCUGCUAGUGGUGAACUCCCUGCUCAUUUAAGUGCAAACAAACAUGCUAUCCGGUGUAACCUGAAGUAUUUACAAGUCAUAAAGACGAGACACUUGGUUAAAGUGUCAUGUGAAGGCAACACGCAUUCAGUUUGUACUGAGGGAGUACAAACUGAAUGAUGAAAUAGUCAAUAACCUCUGAAGUGCUGUUUUAUUCUUCAAUAAGGCUUUGCAGGACAAAAUUUCACAAUAAUGUUUGCACAUAAAAAAUAAGAUUUUUAAGACCUUCUUGGGAAAUUGAGUCUUUCUUAAAGGCAUAGGUACAACAGGUGAGAAAUUGUAUGGAGCAGUUGUUGCCCAGUUUGGGAAAACAAUCAAAAGACAUUUAUAUUUAUGACUUCUUUUGAUACCAGAUGGCACAGUGGAUAAAAAUCAUCUGUUUACAACUAAAAAUGAAUUCUUGCUUCCAAAGUUCAUUGGGGAGGGCACACAUUUUACAACAGGACUCGUAUCUCGUGUAGAUUGCCGUGACGUACCAGGAGGUGGAUUAAAUGCAGCACAAAGCCUCAUUGAGCAACAGGUUCACUUCAACUGCAGUCGUAAAAGUUGUGUUUCCUGAAGCACCAGAUUGAGGUGCCUCAUCAUGAAGAUGUCCAGUUUGUCUUGGUUGGUCUUUAUUUUACUCUUAAGUCAGCUAUCCUCUGCAUCUGGGGGCAAAAUUCUGGUGUUCCCCCUGGAUGGAAGCCAUUGGGUGAACAUGAAAGUACUCAUAGAGGAACUGCAUGCCAAAGGCCACCAGGUCACUGUGGUUCGGGCGUCCGACAGCUGGUACAUCAGCGAGGCAUCUCCCGUCUACACUUCCAUAACUAUCCCCUACCCUGGAGGAUUUGAGGACCACUUUGACGUGUAUUUGCCUCAACUGUUGGAGAUCCGACUUCAGAGUAACCCUCAGUCAUUUUGGUCUCGCUUCUGGGGUCAGCGUCAGGUAGAUAAGUUGGUUUUAGAUCUGUUCUUUAAGUUUCAUAAGGCAGUGAGUGAACUAGUUAUUCAGAUGUUUGAAGAUAAGAAUCUGAUGGAAUCUCUCCAUGCUGCCAAAUAUGAUGUGGUUUUGACUGACCCUGGCAUCGGCGGAGGGGCAAUGCUGGCACGUUGGCUCCAAAUUCCACUUGUUAACAACGUCAGAUGGACCAUUCAAGGUGAAGCUCACUUCCUCUUGGCUCCCUCACCGCUGGCAUACAUUCCUUUUACUGCAACAGAGUUUACUGAUAAGAUGACUUUCCUUCAAAGAGUACAGAAUUUUUUGAGGUAUAAUGCUGGUAUGUACGUACAUUCAACGAUCACAGAACCUCAUUACAAACCAGUAGUUCAACGGUACUUUGGCCCUGAUGUGGACUACUCUACUUUUUUUCUGGAUGCUGAUAUAUGGCUCAUGAGAAAUGAUUUUAUUUUUGAAUUCCCACGUCCAACAAUGCCAAAUAUAGUCUACAUGGGUGGAUUUCAGUGCAAGGCUUCAAAGUCGCUCCCUGAUGACCUGGAGAAGUUUGUCCAGAGUUCUGGAGAUCAUGGGGUUGUUAUAAUGACUCUAGGAACUUUACUUGGGAAACUUCCUCAAGUUGUCUCUGAAGAAAUUGCCGCAGCCUUUGCUCAGCUGCCUCAAAAGGUUAUUUGGAGGUACAUGGGACAAAGGCCAAGCAACCUGGGCAACAACACAUUACUGGUCAGCUGGCUGCCACAGAACGACCUCUUAGGACAUCCCAAAACCAGAGUGUUCGUGACCCAUGGAGGCACCAAUGGAGUUCAGGAAGCGAUUUACCACGGGAUUCCAGUAGUUGGACUUCCCUUGUUCUUUGAUCAGCCUGACAAUCUCUCCAGAGUCAGAGCAAAGGGAGCAGCUGUGAUUGUGGACAUCGCCACACUCAACAGACAAAUCUUUGAAGAGGCACUGAUGGCGGUUCUUUACAAUUCAACUUACAGGGAAAAAAUGCAGAUGCUCUCGAGGCUGCACCGAGAUCAGCCCAUGAAGCCCCUGGAUCAGGCAGUGUUUUGGAUAGAAUAUGUGAUGAGGCACAAAGGAGCCCCUCAUCUGCGGUCUCAAUCGCACAAAAUGUCCUGGUUUGUUUACAACUCUCUUGAUGUCAUCGCAGUCUUGCUGAUUGCUGUUUUGCUUGCGACAUUCAUCUGCGUUUCCAUUCUGAGAUUCUUCUGGAGAAUAAUAUUUAGGAGGGAAAAAGUUAAACAUGAAUGACAUAAGAAUAAAAUGUUUGUUUUCCCAACAUGGCUUUGUAUGAUGCUGUGUGAAGAGGAAAACAUAAAAACUGUGAAGCAGUGACAGUUUCUUGUUUGAAAAGUAGCUUGUCAACAUGAUGAAGUAUUAGAACCCUCAGAUACCAUCAGUAUUUUUUUUAAAUUACAAAAAAAUCGAUGUGUUCUGUAAUUAAUAUAUUAACUAUUGUAUUAUAUAUUAUGCAAUUUGUCCUUUCAAACUGGGAGAGAUAGCACUUUCACUUUUGUUUUUAGUAAAAUUGAGAUGCUAAUUCUAUGACACAAACAUACUAUGACCCUAUACCAGCUGAAACAGUGAUGUCUCUAGCAAGAAAGCACAAUACACAUUUAUUACUGGAACUGAUCAUUUCUACCAAUUGUAACCUUUUCCAGUUAUUGGACUUAUAUUUGACGUUAGAUUUUUAAGUAAAAAUGAUCAUUACUGUUUAGCUUUUUAAAAUAGUGGGCUUUAAGGCUUUUCUACUUACAAUUUCACAGAAACAUUUUAGUGAAGAACAGUAUGGGCUGCUCUGUUUAGCACUCCUAAAGCAUUUACUGUUGCAUUCACUGACUUGACACUAGAUGGCAAUGUAAGUAAGAUAGACUGUACCUAAACAGGGUGUCCUGUUAUUAUGCCUGAGAAGCUGAGGUAAAUAUGUCUCAUUUGUUAAGUGUGAAUUCUGGUUUGUAUUAGUACGAGUGUCACUCUUUAACUAUCUGGAAAUGCACUUCAUGUAGUCUUGUGGAGAAAGAGAAAAGUGGAGGAAGUGGUUUCGGCAAUUGACAGCUCCUGUUGCCCAUAUCUGUCAGUUCUGUUGAGAAAAGUUCUUUAAAAAGCUUGAAGUGACAAUAAACUGUCCCAGAGUACGGACAAGAAACAACAUAAAUAACUUCAUACAUUCUCAGGUUUGUUUUAAUAAACUACACAUCAGUCUUGGAAGAAGUAGAUCCUUUUUUUUGCAUAAAAUCUCAAGAACUGGAAAGAAACCAUCUAGCAAUGUCACACAAAUACAUUAUAUUCAAUUACUGGAUUCAUACACUUUAAAGCACAGAAGAAUAAACAGCAAAACUGAAAAAUGCUUUAUUGUCCUCUUGCAGUAAAUCCUCUCAGCUCUUUCUUUUAUUCCCCAUAUUUUCCUGGCUCUAGUUUAUUUUCUACUGAAUGACCUUUUGCUUGUUUCCUAGAUUUAUAUUAAGUCUGUUCUGUGUGUUUUGGGAUAUUUAACUGUUCAUUUAUAUUUUUUGCCCUUUUGUCUGCUCCACAUUUGUGCUGUGUGUUCUGUCUACUGCCCUCAUGUAUGUGAAUUUAAGCUUGAAAUUAAAGUUUGGGAUUUUGGA